AUGGCGUCGCAAAGUCUGAUGAACUGUCGUACUUCGUCUUCUUCGUUAGCCCUGCGAACUAGGGUUCCUAAAGAUAUAGGAGAAGCCACGAUUGAUCCAGAGCCUGGGGAUUUGACGACUUCUCGGAGGUUUUUGCAUAAAAUCUCCAUGAAUGGGAUUGAUAUGACUUCGAAGAGUUUGAUGCAGAAGCUUCGAGAAAUGGAUGUGAACAAGGAUAGGAUUCGAUUAGACGGAUUGCCAAGUAAAACAAGAUCAGCUUCUAAAGAUCUUCAUUCAAGAAUCAGAGUCGCGAUUCAAUCUGUUGAUUCGAUUUCAAAGCUGGUUGAGAGAUUCAGAGAUGAUGAGCUCGAGCCACAGCUAUUAGAGUUUCUUUCUUCAAAGGGCCAAUCAUAUCUUUCCGCCGAAAAGCCCAAUACGUUUUCAGAAACAAUUGAGUCCCACAUCGAAAAACGAAUAAACAGUUACUAA